AUGUGUGUCAUGAUUAUUUGCCUUACACAUCCUCAUGAGGUUUGAGUUUGAGGAAGGUAUUUGUUGAUCAUGAAUGGUUGAUUUUUCUGAAAACAAUUAACUAUCACAUUAAACGAUGUUAAACAGAUCAUGUGCACACACAAAUGUCACUUGCAUUAAUGGACCUAAUAACGGAACAAAUUUGACAUUGCCAAGUAAGCAUUACUUUUUUCUAAUAGCAUCCAUUUGUCAUUAAUUUCUCAUUAUCUAUAAUUGUAGAUUUCUUAAAAAUUUAGCAUAAAAUGUGUCAAUAUUAUCUAAUAUUUAUAGACAUAACAAGAUAAUAACAAGAUCUACAUUAAGGAAGUACCAAAAACUAUGAUAUUUUUUAUAUCAUAUAGUAACUAUCCAUAAAAUCUCUACUGCCUAGACCCCCAUCGUCUUGAUUGACCCUGUAUAGAAAUGGAUUAAGGUAGAAAUUUAAAAAACAAAUCAUUAAACAUACAAUCAAUUUUAUAUAUCAUUAUCCUCUACACGUUAAAGCAACACUCCUGCCACCACCUAGGAACGGCACCGACAACAUUUUAGUUAUCGCCACCAUUGGAGCGCCAGCUAUUACAGCGAUAUUACUGGCUUUAUCAAUCAUGACGUUGGUCAUCUACUGGAAGUGAGUAACAUUGUCAUGUGUAUGUUCAAAAUAUGGCUUGAAAAGUAUCUAAUUAUGAAUCAAAUUAAAUAUGUGAAAAUAAUAUUAUUAAGAGCCUUUUAUAUAUGACGUCAGCUGUCAGUUACAUUUAAAUAGUUGUAAUCGAAAUGGUCAAAUGGCAUUUGGCAGUUUUUUUUCAACAUACUUUAAAAUUACUACUCUCUUGAAUUACCAAUUUUCAAAUUUAGAUGUUAAUCGGAAAAUUUGUCCCGUCGUUGCUUUAAUUAUUUUUUUAAAAAUAAAAAUAAAUAUUUAGGCUAAAUUUGAUCUACAAAAUAAUCUUACCUUGUAAUCAAAUUAUAAUCUACGAUAUUCGUGUAAAUGCAAGAUUUUAUCUUAAUAUUUUAUAAUAUUAUAAAUUAUAAUAUCAAGUUUUUGGAUACGAUACUGUUUAAUAUUGCACAACUACAGGAACCGUGGGCGAGACUAUCGUCAAAGAGAAGAUAGUUAUGAUUUCAUCAAGGAGAUCUCCACACCAACCAAAAUCAACCAGGCUAGACACAGUCAAAUUGAAUCCACACCAACAACCACCAACCAGAUCAGAGCCAGCCAUAAUAAAUCCACAGCAAGAACCACCAACCAGACAAGACACAGUACUAUUGAAUCCACACCAACCCCUGGCAACCAGAUCAGAGUCAGUCCCCUUGAGGUCUCAUCUACCGUUGUGACAUAACUUAGAAUAAAAGAAAUAAGUUAAAGUAAUGUUACAUUUUAUAUCACAAAUCUCUUUUUUUUUUACAGUUAAGACUUAAAUGUCUAGCUUAAUGCGGGAAAUUAUUAUGUAAUAUUAUGAUACAUGCAUAGUUUAAAUUGUUCAUGGCAUGACGUCAUAGUUCUGUUACAAUCUGUUUACAAUUUUAUGCGUUACUCGGGGAUGUUUCAG